CUGGAUUUCGCAUUUGUCUUCCCACUUUACCAACCGGGUCUGGGUCCAUCGAAUUAAAUGCCUGACAAUAUCACCGCCGUGAUUUAGCUAGUAUUUAGAAAUGGUCCAUUUGAAUACAUUUUAGUUAACAAUUUAUGCUGUAAAACACUGUUCAUCGGUCGUUAUUCUCAAUUUAGCUAAUUAUGUCGGGAGCGGCCGCCGGAGGGGCGUCCUCUUGCAUUGGCGCAGCCGCUGCCAGUUGUAGCUCAGCUGGGUCGUCCUAUGUUGCAGCGGGCGGAGAAGUGGGAAUAGCAGGCAGGCUACCUAGUCGGGUUCUGGAGCAUGUGUUCUCCUAUCUGGACUUGUAUGAUUUGAUGCGGUGCUCGUUGGUGUGCUGGCACUGGAACAACUGCCUCGCCGAUGAGAACAGCGAGGUGUGGCGGAGUCUGUGCGCUCGCUCUCUUAGUGAAGAGGCACUGCGCUCCGACAUUCUUUGCAAUCUGACAACAUACAAGGGAAAGCUCAAGUCCUACCUGCACGCUCUGAGUUCCCACGACUGCUCACGCAACGUCUACGUGAAGAAGAACGGUUUCACCCUUCACCGCAACCCCAUUGCCCAGAGCACCGACGGAGCCCGCGGCAAGAUCGGCUUCUCUGAGGGCCGCCAUGCCUGGGAGAUCUGGUGGGAGGGGCCCCUGGGGACCGUGGCAGUGAUCGGCAUUGCCACCAAGCGUGCUGCCAUGCAAUGCCAGGGCUAUGUGGCCCUCCUGGGCAGUGACGACCAGAGCUGGGGCUGGAAUCUGGUGGAUAACAACCUGCUCCACAAUGGGGAGGUCAACGGGAACUUCCCUCAGUGCAACAACGCACCAAAAUACCAGUGUAAUGGUGUCCGUCCACAGAUCGGGGAGAGGAUACGAGUGAUUCUUGACAUGGAUAACAAGACCUUGGCCUUCGAAAGAGGCUUUGAGUUUCUGGGAGUGGCCUUCAGAGGGCUGCCUAAAGCCUGCCUCUUCCCGGCCGUCUCAGCUGUCUAUGGCAACACUGAGGUGACCAUGGUCUACCUUGGCAAGCCUCUGGAUGGAUAGCACCGCCACAACACCCGCUGGUGCCACGUCACAUCAGAUGUGCCAAGGAUAAUGACUGAUCGUUGACACCGAGAGGAUUCUAAACGAACAUUCCACAACCACAGGAAUGGACUACAAAAUCAACAUGGAUGAGAGUGAACUAUUGAUGGACAAGAGAAUUUGACCAGGGUGGGGGAAGUGAUCAUUGAUGGACAAAAGGGUUUGACUAGGUUUUUGGGAAGUGAUAAUUGGUGGGGGACUGGGGGCUGUUUCAAAGGUGUUUCUGACUCAAUGUGGAUCCUAUCCACUUCAGCUGCUGGACCAUUUUAUUUACAGUACGGGAGGACUUAUUUUUUUAAUGUUAUUUUAUGAAGUAACAACACUGAGUCCUGUACAUGCGGACGGUUUUAUGAUGUCUGUUCCUAUGAGGCAAAACCAAAUAUGAACUGUGGCAAAUAAAGACAAAUCAUAAUGUGUGUGUGACACUGCAA